CUCCUCCACCAUCCGAGACACAUUACACAAAGCAUUCUACAUGUUCACAAUACAGUAAAUAUUUACAUUCAGUGUCCUUCGUUGGUAUUUUGUAGAGUCAAAAAAGAGUACCGUUCCAGCGGAGGUACAUGGACUGGACAACAGAUCAUCAACAAUAAACAAAACGAAGUGUCGACUGAUAACAUAAAUUCCAAGGCAGUAUAUUCUGGAAUCAUCAUCAUCCACCAUGGCCCUCACCCAAGCCCCCUUUAGCACACCUACAAUAUACUUCGGCUACGGAUCCAACCUCUGGCUGCACCAAAUGUCCCUCCGCUGCCCGACAUCCACCUACUUAGGCGUCGCACGACUGUCACACUACACGUGGCUAAUCAACGACCGGGGCUACGCAAACGUGGUCAAAAAUGCUCCAGACUCAGAGUCCUACUCAGACCAAGUCUACGGCCUAGUCUAUUCCUUACUGCUGGAGGAUGAAAAGCGCCUGGACCGCAACGAAGGCGUCCCUGACGCAUACACCAGAGAACUGGUCACGUGCGAGCUCUGGCCCAGCGAUACUCACUCGAAAGUGAACACGAGCUCUCCACCGGCAGAGACGAGGAGCAUGCUGGUGUACAUCGAUCAGAACCGGACGACGCCGGAUCAGCCGAAGGACGAGUACGUUUAUCGCAUGAACCAGGGGAUACGGGAUGCAGUUGAGCGGGGCGUGCCGGAAGAGUAUGUCAGGGACGUGAUGAGGAAGUUUAUUCCUCAAAAGGAUGAAUAGGAAGGAUGAAUUGGGGAGAUUGUGAGGACGCAAGCGGCGCAGUUCAAGGACGAGAGUGGAGUGUUUGAAUGAGAUGCGCGAGCGAGGUGUCUUUCCAAGAACACUCCGUAACGAGUGCGAUACAUUAGGCAACACCAAGAUCAAAGAUGUAGUGCAGAAUGACGCUCGUGGAAGCUGAUCAGUCUAUUCAGAGGAAGGCUAUCCAGGAACGCGCCCGCUGUGCGCAAGCAUCCAAAGACAUCAGACGUAAAGAGAUCAAUCAGCACUGAAGCUUCGCUCUCCUUAAUCAUGCC